GGUCGUCGAGAAAGAAAAAAAGAAGCAAAGAGUAAUACAAUAGGUGAAGGCAUAACGCAAUAUCUGCCACGUCACUUGUGGAAAAUACAGCCCUGGGCAGGCUGAAAACAAAGAAAUUGAGAAGAAAGUAAGCGAUGACAAGCGCUCAACGAAAGCGUAGAGAGACGCCAGAAAGGGACAGCGACUACGUCGGCGAUUUAUAUGUCAGAAGGCGAUCAGAGGGCAAACGUACUCCUACGUCUCUUUGGGUCACUGUCAAAAAAGUGUCGAGAGCUAAGCAACGCGACGAGCGAAAGGCGAACGUGAAAUUGUAAAAAAAAGCGAAAAACUGUUACUAGUUCCUCCAUUCCUUUUGUUUAUUUGUUUUGGCGAUUGUGUUCCUUUUUGGCUUGUAAAAUGGAAAAGUUCGGUGCACCUCGUGGCAAGCGUCCGCGCGUUCAAAUAUCGAUGGAACAGAAGGAACAGGCCAUUGCCCGCAUUAUCAAAGGCGAGACCAAGGCCGGCAUCUCCCGUGAGCUUGGCGUGCCCGAGUCCACGGUCCGUGGCUGGGUGAAGCGCUCCGAGCAGCGCAUCGCUCGCGAGACAGACGAAAUGCAUAAUCCAAAAAUGAUGCCAUCACCGCCAAAGGGAUGGAAGGUACCGCAAAAGCGCAAGUUCAAUGGUCACCCUGUGCCUCCAGUGUCACCAGCUUCGAUGGCAGCUGCCCGAAAGUACAUCAGAGAGUCACUAGCGAUGCCAAUGCAGGCUCCAAUUCAGAUGCCGGCUCCUCGGCCCCAUCCGGUUGUCCUGCCACCGCUACCCUUGCUUUUUCUAAUGCCCCUUCAAUCGGUCUACGAGACGGACGACAGUCAGAUGAUCUACUGGUUGCACAUCUUCAAUGCGGGAAUCCUCAACUUCACAUGCAUCGCCACGGCCGCUUUCCAGCAGGCGCGUGCCCUUGGCUACGAUAAUCGCCUGACGUUGUGGCAGAUUAUUAACAAAUACGUGGAAGAAGCUGCACUCAAUGUGUCCACAAAUGGGGGUGUGUUCGUAAAUCCAUUGCCGAAACCCAAUCGACCGCGCAUUGGUAACAUUUCCCAAGCCAACGUGCCACAUCACAUCACAGCCGAGGAUGAUGAAGAGAACGAGGAACCCUGUUAAAGGCAACAAUCUCUUGGGGUUUAUAUAAUGUUAAUGACUAUCUUAAG